CCCACGGACCUUUUCUCCCUCCGCUGCCUGCAGCAGCAGGCGUCGCCGCCCCGGACCUUUCCUUGGCCGUGUUUGUGGGGCAGGCUCUGGCUUGCUUCCCCUUCCCUCUCCUCUGGUGCUGGUCCUCUUCCCCCCCCUCCCCCCCCCCCCCCCCCCCCCUUCCCGAGCCGCCACGCCGCCGCCAUGGAGCUCAUCACUAUCCUCCAGAAGACGGUCUCGCCGGACCGCUCCGAGCUCGAGGCGGCGCAGAAGUUCCUGGAGCAGGCGGCUAUCGAGAACCUGCCGACCUUCCUGGUGGAAUUGUCCAAAGUGCUGGCAAACCCUGGAAACAGCCAAGUGGCCCGCGUGGCAGCUGGCCUGCAGAUCAAGAACUCCCUCACCUCCAAGGACCCCGACAUCAAGGCCCAGUACCAACAGAGAUGGCUUGCCAUUGAUGCCAAUGCCCGCAGGGAAGUCAAGAACUACGUUUUGCAGACGUUGGGUACAGAAACGUACAGGCCCAGCUCAGCCUCUCAGUGUGUGGCUGGCAUCGCAUGUGCAGAGAUCCCCAUGAACCAGUGGCCAGAACUCAUUCCCCAGUUGGUAGCAAAUGUUACAAAUCAACACAGCACAGAGCACAUGAAAGAGUCAACAUUGGAGGCCAUUGGAUACAUCUGUCAGGAUAUCGAUACAGAACAACUUCAGGACAAAUCCAAUGAGAUCCUGACAGCCAUCAUCCAGGGAAUGAGAAAGGAAGAGCCCAGCAACAAUGUGAAACUAGCAGCUACUAAUGCACUCCUGAACUCUUUGGAAUUCACCAAAGAAAACUUUGACAAAGAGUCUGAAAGGCACUUUAUUAUGCAAGUUGUCUGUGAAGCAACACAGUGUCCAGAUACAAGGGUACGAGUGGCUGCCUUACAGAAUUUGGUGAAGAUCAUGUCCCUUUAUUAUCAGUAUAUGGAGACCUACAUGGGUCCUGCGCUUUUUGCUAUAACUAUUGAAGCAAUGAAGAGUGACAUAGAUGAGGUGGCUCUACAGGGGAUAGAGUUCUGGUCAAAUGUCUGUGAUGAAGAGAUGGACCUGGCUAUAGAGGCAUCUGAGGCAGCAGAGCAAGGAAGGCCUCCAGAGCACACUAGCAAAUUUUAUGCAAAGGGAGCACUACAGUAUCUGGUUCCAAUUCUAACACAAACGUUAACAAAACAGGAUGAAAAUGAUGAUGAUGAUGACUGGAACCCCUGCAAAGCAGCAGGAGUCUGCCUCAUGCUCCUGGCGACCUGCUGUGAAGAUGACAUCGUUCCUCAUGUGCUGCCCUUCAUUAAAGAACACAUUAAGAAUCCAGAUUGGCGGUACAGAGAUGCAGCUGUGAUGGCUUUUGGGUGCAUUUUAGAAGGACCAGAGCCUAACCAGCUCAAACCACUGGUCAUACAGGCAAUGCCAACUUUAAUAGAACUAAUGAAGGACCCCAGUGUUGUGGUUAGAGACACAACUGCUUGGACUGUGGGCAGGAUCUGUGAGAUGCUCCCUGAAGCUGCCAUCAAUGACAUUUACCUCACACCGCUGCUGCAGUGUCUGAUGGAGGGCCUGAGUGCUGAGCCCAGAGUAGCCUCCAAUGUCUGCUGGGCCUUCUCUAGUCUUGCUGAAGCUGCCUAUGAAGCUGCAGAUGUAGCUGAUGAUCAGGAAGAACCAGCAACCUACUGCUUAUCCUCUUCAUUUGAGCUAAUAGUUCAGAAACUUCUGGAGACCGCGGAUAGGCCUGAUGGACACCAGAAUAACUUGAGGAGUUCUGCAUAUGAAUCUCUGAUGGAAAUAGUGAAAAACAGUGCCAAGGACUGUUACCCUGCUGUCCAGAAGACAACUCUGGUCAUCAUGGAACGACUUCAGCAAGUGCUGCAGAUGGAGUCUCAUAUCCAGAGCACUUCUGAUAGAAUCCAGUUUAAUGACCUUCAGUCUCUUCUUUGUGCCACCCUACAGAAUGUCCUUCGGAAGGUCCAGCACCAGGAUGCUUUGCAGAUCUCCGAUGUGGUGAUGGCAUCUCUGCUGAGAAUGUUCCAGAGCACAGCAGGCUCAGGGGGCGUGCAGGAGGAUGCCUUGAUGGCUGUUAGCACCCUGGUAGAAGUCUUAGGUGGAGAAUUUCUGAAGUACAUGGAUGCCUUCAAACCAUUCCUUGGCAUUGGACUGAAGAACUAUGCUGAGUACCAGGUUUGUCUGGCUGCAGUGGGCCUGGUUGGUGACUUAUGCAGAGCCCUGCAAUCCAACAUCUUGCCAUUUUGUGAUGAGGUUAUGCAGCUGCUCUUGGAGAACUUGGGAAAUGAAAACGUUCACAGGUCUGUGAAGCCUCAGAUUCUCUCAGUGUUUGGUGAUAUUGCCCUUGCCAUUGGAGGAGAAUUUAAGAAGUACCUUGAUGUUGUACUGAACACCCUCCAGCAGGCUUCUCAGGCCCAGGUUGAUAAGUCUGACUAUGACAUGGUGGAUUAUCUGAACGAAUUGAGGGAGGGCUGCCUGGAAGCUUACACUGGCAUCAUCCAGGGACUGAAAGGAGACCAAGAAAAUGUUCACCAGGAUGUGAUGCUGGUGCAGCCCAGGGUAGAAUUUAUUCUGUCUUACAUUGACCACAUUGCUGGAGAUGAAGAUCACACCGAUGGAGUAGUGGCAUGUGCUGCUGGACUGAUAGGGGAUUUGUGUACAGCAUUUGGAAAAGAUGUACUGAAAUUAGUAGAAGCUAGACCCAUGAUACAUGAACUGCUAACUGAAGGAAGAAGAUCCAAGACGAACAAAACAAAAACCCUUGCUACCUGGGCGACUAAAGAACUGAGAAAACUGAAGAAUCAAGCUUGACCUUGUUUGCUUGCAGAUCUUACCAUUGGGAUGACACCCAAGACCCCCACUGGAAAAUCUCCAAUCUUUGGGGAGGGGGGGGAAUAAAAUAAUUUAAAAAUUAAAAAAAAAAAAAAAAACCACACAAAA